AUGACAUUACUAUUGUUACCCUAUGAAGUGAUCGAGCAAGUGAUGGGCAUCUGCCUUCAGCAAGAGAUAGUACUGCUCUCUUAUUGUUGUAAGGAGCUUCAUAAAAUGGCGAACAAGCGAUUGUACUCUAACAUAAUGGUGAUGGAUUCAAGAGUGGAUGCCAAGGACUACUCAGUGUUGGAUGUGGAACAAUUAGACAGGUUUGUGACCAACCUUUCAGGAGACAAUUUUAGUCUCAUGAAUAAACUCGUUAUUCACUCUCAAUCAAAUAUGGUGAGCUACGAUUACUAUCCGUUGUACAAGAAGCUCAUGGUGUUGUGGGAGAGCCACAGCCAUGAGAUCUAUUUCGUCAAUUUUGACAUUGGAAACAUAAGAAACUUUAAAUCGCUCAAUCAAUUUGUAAUGGGAAAUUCUAUGACGUACUUGGAGGACGAAGAUAACUUCGAAGUACAUUCGGUAUACAGUAACAAAGUCCGUCAUUUAAAGAAUUGGAUUGUGUUUAAUAUUGACGAGCUUGUGGGCUUGCCCUUUAACGAGAAUCUAAAAGAUUUGGACCUCUAUAUCGAGCAUCAAAAUUUCCAUAAUGUUACAGAGAAAUUAAAUCAUGAUAUACUAAACAAUCUAAGCAACCUCAAUGGGUUGUUUUUAGAUUCCCCAGCAUCUACAACUGAGUUCAUUAAUGUUUUCAAGGGAAAGCUUAGAUUGCAUAAUCUUAAAAAGUUAUCAAUUAGCGCUUCCCACAAUAUUAGAGAUAAUUCAAUGCUUUCAUUUGGCUCAGUCAAUGAAGUUAUCAAUUUUGAUAAAAUAUCGGAAUUCGAACUCAAAAUUAAUUGCAUCCACGAAAACUGUAAUUGCAUUCAGCAGUUUUUCAACGAUUGGAUAACCCGAUCAGAUGAUCUCAUCUACGUCAAAAGGCUUGCGUUAGUCAACUAUAAUUCAGAAAUUUUACCUCAAAAUCUCUUGCAAUUCAAGAACUGUCUUGAAGAGGAGUUGAUCUCCGGAAGCAUAUGCGCUGAGGAACUUUAUUUAAAUUUUAGUGAUCUUAUUAGACUCGAGGAUGGUUGUUUUAGCAUGGAUGAUUUAUGGAGUAAGCUCUCGAAUGUGCGUGGUCUUAAGAAGCUCAUUAUACCUGAUUUUUUUUACACCUGGAUCAAGUCUGCAGCACAUUUGUUCGAGACUGAUAACGCUACUCCUUUUGACGUUUUGGUCAACCAGUGUUCUUGUGAGCUGUGCUCUAAGACUAGAGGAUCUUUCAUGAAGAAUUCAAAAAAGCCAUUCUUUGACUAUCAAACCUUCCUGAACUUUGAAUCUAACCCACAGGUCAAGUAUGUCCCAGAAAACAAAGAAAACCUAAAGCUUUUGUAUAACCUUGCUUAUGGGCUAAAGACGCAAUUCCGUUAUCUUAAUCAAACAUUGUUCUCCGUCAAUUCCUUCUUGAACUUGGAUGACAAGCCCGUUAUCGACAAUCCAAAACUACUACCUUUUAAAAAGCUUUUGCUUCACAGUUGCAUACACCGUCUUGCAAAUUCACUAAAACAUGAUAUUCCCACUCUAAGACUUCUUAAUUUAGGAGGUAUAACAGUAGAGUUCUGA